AUGUCACCAUCUACGAAUGAUAAUGACAGUGAUGAGGAUGCCGGACGUAGAAGAAUCAAUUCAGAACAUUGGACAAAUGAUGAAGAAGAUGAUGAAAGGAAUUCACUGAAAUCUGGUUCAUCAUCUAGCAGUGAUCUGACUCAACCUCCUCCGCCGAAGCGACGGUCACUGUCCUAUUCAGAUCACUCUUACCAAAGUGAAUUCAGUGUCAAAAAUUCUGUAAAGAAUGAAACAAUACAUUCAGCUACAUCGGUAAUGCUACCUUUCAAUCCAAGUAAAAGUUCUUUAGUGUCUUAUGGCGCUCAAGAUGACGAUGAUGAUGAUGAAGACCAGUUUGAGCGAGGAUUAAUUUCAUCAAUUAUAGCAGAUAAACGAGCGAAUGCUGCUAGAAAUGAAUUUUACGGUCAGUUCCGAUCAAAUUCAAAUGAAAGAGAAGUAAAGCCUCCACCACCUCCACCUGGGCACCAGGAUUGUCGUUCUCCAGAUGAAAUUGCGGUCGACAAUGCCAUCGAACAAGGACUUCGAGAACUUUCCCAGUCAGAAGUGCAUUACUACCAUUCUACUGUUGAAUCGCAAAGAUCAUUUGAUGAUGCUGAUAGUCCUUCAGCAGAUGAGACUGAAGUCAAACUUCCGCCUUCACCCGAGGGCAAAUGUUCGAAAGAGAUAGAGGAAAAAUUCAAAAAUUAUUUUGCUCGAAAGGCAAAUGGUUUUGAUUUGAAUUUGGCUAUCAAGCGGCGGCGCGAUUUCAAGAACCCUUCGAUGUAUGAAAAAUUGAUAGAAAAGUUUGAUGUUGAUGAACUUGGUUCCAAUUUUGAUAAAACAGUUUUCGAUCCUCAUGGCUUCACAAAAGAUUGUUUUUAUGAUCGCAUUGCUGUAGUGCAAAAAGAAAUGAUGGAAAGGCAUAAUGCUGCAGCUGAGAAAAAAAUUGCACCUGCAGUCCCUACGACGUCAAAGAGUAAUGAAGCGAAAAGAAAAUCACGUUUUGCUGGAAAUAAAAAGCAGUAA